UGCAAGCCCGAUGCAGAUUGCUCAUUGUUUGCUGGGUUCGCCCAUACAAGCUUUGGCGUAGGCGCACAGCCGGCGUGUUACUUGUACACGCGUUGUUGCCGAAUCGGGCAGUCAGCGUCGUGAGGCUGUUGUGGUGCGGGAUUUGUGACCGAAGAGCCGUCGCUAUGCGCCCGAGGCGUUGCCAGUUACCUCGGUGGAAGCAGAAGAAGCGACGAUGACUACGAACUGAAACUCUACAAGCUCCUAACGUCGAGGUCUGCGAGACGCUGCACCGCGUUUCGACUGAUCGUCGUGCCUGAGCCGCGCUUGUGGAUUGCGAUUAGACGGACGACCUUCGAGGGCAAACAUCGCUGUGAUUGCCGAUUGUGUAAAGUGUCAACGAUCGCCAUGAUUAACCUGAAAAAGUGCAGCGGUGUGCGGUCGACGAUUCUGCAGCUGCUGCUCGCUGUGAGCCUCCUGCAGCUAGGUUCCGACCCCGUGCGCGUGAACCGCCGGGCAGACCCCGUGCGAAGCGUGCGCAUCGGUGUGCAGUCUGCAUUCAUUCACACGCAGAGCCUGACGCCGCCGCUGUCCAUUCAUCCCAAGAGUGUGGAUGCCUUCGACGCGAAUCCCGUGUUCGCCGAGCUGCACGAACUGGGCAUUCCGUCGCUGCUGCGGCGUGUUCGAACGCGGGUGUUCGCCUACUUGGCCGAGGACCCGGGCUUGCCGCCGCCCAUUCCGAACGAAGUGGCCGCCGCCUCCGAAAGCGAGCAACGGGCCGACUCGCCGAGCGACGCGUCCGGCGCGAGCAGUGACCUGACGCAAGAGGAUAUGGAUCUCAUUGAGAUCCUCUGGAAGCAAGAUGAGGAUCUUGGUGUUUCCAGAGAUACUUUUGACUACCAGGCGGCCUCUGAAAGCAGCAUCAAGGAAGCGGUCAAAGCUGCAAAUUUUAAUAGUACCGAAGUGCCUGAAGGUGAGCCACCUGAGGUUCACGAGGACAGCAAUCCUUGGGAAGGCUUCCAGUACAGCAUAGACUCGGAGACAGGGGAGCACAUCUUGGAAGGCAGCACCCAAGAAGAGAGAAAGUGCGAGGAGCGCGUCGACAGUGGAUGCUUCCUCCUCGAUGAGGAAGAAGACCAUGGGGCUAUAUUUGCCGAGCUGGAACGUAUCUUCCAGGGACAGCCUCUCCAGGCAGCAGACCUGUAUCCUGCUGACGAAUGUUGGGGAGGCUCAGAGCAUAGAGACCUUGGUGCAGAUAAGGGUCCCCCUAUGGCCACUGGGGGUGCACCACCUCACAACUACACAGAUCCGUUCCCAGGCGUUCUCCUCAACAAUGCCACUCUUGGCCCUCCACCUGUGGACCACAGUGGUACUUACCUACAUGGAGCUGGAGCCUUUGGAGCAACAGCCUGCACAGGGCUUCCUUGUAACAAUGGGUCGUCAAUGAGCGAGGGCCCCACAUAUGGCCAGGACUUUCCAGACUAUCUGUAUUCACCUGGCAUUGGCAUGACAGGCUAUGGGGGAAUGGGAAACAUGACUGCUGCUGGUGGAAUGAUGCCGGGAAUGGCAAGCAUGGGCAACGUGACCAGCAGUGUGGCCAACUCUGCAUUAGUAUGCACACCCACAGACUACCUCCUCAAUGACCUGCUUGCUGAUGAAGACCUACGCCUGAUGGACAUGGUAGCCUCGCCAACGGAAACGACUUCAGCACCUUACCCCGUCCAGCUUUCCGUGGCAGAAGAUCGCAUGGACAACAGUAGUGAUACAGGCGUAUCGUCCAUGGGAUCUGAGCGCGUGCCUUCUCUCUCCGAAGAUCACGAAUGGCUGGACUCGUGCUCAGAAUCUUCUUCACAUGCUGACGUCGACAGUGAUGGCAAGCGACUGCUUGAAGUAACCUCGAAAAAGUACAAAUUGUUCGGACGUCGACCGGGUUUGGGAGACAAUGACACCAUGCUGGGCGGCUACGGUGGUGUUCCCUACUGCCAGCAGCAGCCACCCUCAUUUGCCACCCCCUUGGGCCGCCUGCCAGGUGGGGCCACGGUUGCAGUGGUUCCCCCCAAUGCUCCUACACCCAGCAGCCUGUUUCCUUCAGCACCUGAAGUGCCUGCCAUUCCGAGGCUUGUCAUCCGCCCCGUCGGCUCUCUUGUACAACACAACCAUUCAUACUCUGCGGCUGAUGUGGCUGCCGCGACGGAAAAUUGUGAGUCAUCGGAAGAAGAGGAUGAAGAAGAAGUAAUGUCGAUGAACAGUGCCUUUGGCUUGGCGUGCGAGACUGAGGAGCAACGACAUGCGCGAGCAUCGCGGGAUGAGAAACGGGCACGAGCACUCAACCUGCCCUUGUCCAACGCUGAGAUUGUGGACCUGCCAAUUGAUGAGUUCAAUGAGCGACUCUCCAAGUACGAGCUGACAGAGGCACAACUGGCGCUGAUCAGGGACAUUCGUCGGCGCGGCAAGAACAAGGUGGCAGCGCAGAAUUGCCGGAAGCGCAAGCUGGACCAGAUUCUCUCUCUGCAGCAAGAUGUCGAGGCACUGCACCUGGAACGCGAAGAGCUGGAGCGACGGCACGAGGAGCUGCUUGCGCAGCGGCUCUUGGGGCGCGACAAGUACAGCCGCCUGUGUCAGCUGCUGGCCACCCACACCACACGGCCCCUGAGCCCCACCUUGCAGCACUUGACCAGCGUCGAAGCAUCUUUAGCCACUUGUGAUGGGGCCUGUCACGGGGGUGCACGCCUCAAAAAGAAAGUGCACAGCAAGUGGGAAAGUGACGAGUGAAGUAGCUUGGUGCGGUGGCUAGAAAAGGGCAUCCCAGUGAAAGCCAUUAGCUCUUGCGCUCCAGAGUGCAACACAAGCGCCCUCAAUACGUGGCACGGCAGUAAGCGUCAUCCUGUGUUCUCUCUGCAUAAAGCUGCACACCGAACUCUUGGCCCAGUGUCAUAGAGCUGUCUUUCAUAGCUGUACCGAGGAGACACUCGGAGAAGAUCUUGCAAGUCCUUUCUGGUGUGCCUCAUUCGGAGAUGCUUGAGAGUUGCUGCCUUGUCACGAUACUCAAAUGAUGACCGCUGCUGUUGCAAAAUUACACUAGCCUAUUCAAGCUACCAACUUGGUCACGUGUGCCGCCAUGUCUUGUGUGGUGCCCUUGUAUGUAUCAUGGAUGGUGGUCUUACUUGGCAGUGAGACACGUGAUGAGCUGCGAUCGUUUUGCUUGUAGGUGUGGUUUCUGAGAAACAUUUGUGCACUCUGCAGGUUGGUCAAUGUUUGCAAGUAGUGUAUUGAGUCUUCCAGUGAGAACCCCCUCAGCCCUUUUUAGCCACUGCCUCUAUGCAAGAAAAAGCAACACUUGUGAUUUUGAUGACUCUUCUUGCCACGGAGGUUUGCUCAGCGGACAAUGGUGAACUGUGUGUGUCUGUGUGCACUGAAAGUGCAAAAGAGGACCAAGUGCAGUCACCGUCUUCAUUCUGCGUCUUUUCUGCCCCUUCCAAGGUUUUUUUUUUUUUAACGUCUCAAGUUACUGCCAACUGUUGUAAAUGCAUUUUUCCUUUCUGGGGUCUCUGUAGGAAACAAAACCUCAUUGUUUGGCUUGGCAGUUUUUCACGAUGCUAGAUUGUUGCACUGUAAAUAUAAAAGUUUUUUAGCUUUUGCUGUUAAAGAAAUAGAUUUGUGCCUUCUUAAGUACAGCACACCGGCUAAAUCGUCGGAAGAACAACAGCGUGUUCUAUUUUAAGUAUUGCAUCAGUAGCUCGCAAAGAAAUGUCGAGUUGGACACACAUUGAAGAGAAAACUUGUGCAAUGAACUAUUUGCGCUACCACGGUCCUCUAAGCUUAUGUCUUACUGGAUAUUUUGUGCUGGUGUGGUUUAACAUAGAUUAUAUAUUUGCACAAGCUGAAUGAAUUAUUUAUUCUGUAUGAUUCACGUUUUUGUCCUUUGGUUACUACAAUCAUUCUCUGUUAAGAAUGCAGUUUCAUUUCCAAUAAACUUUGUUGGUUAGUAUGAA